UUAUAGGCAUUUUGUAAAUUGUCAUUCCCCUUGUCUUAAGGAGUUGGCAUGCCACCUGCUGGUGCAUUAAUGUAUAAAAUAAUGAGUCAAUGCAUAAUUGGUGUUUAGUUUUGAGGCCCAUACAUUUUAGUAAAAUGGAUUUAAAAGUGUCUGGCACAAUUUAUUUCUGUCUAUUUUUCUGAAAGCCAUCUAACACAAAUCUCUUUUUCAGCUCCAUGAAAAUGACUACCUCUGCAGAUGAUUUAUUUAGUUCCCAGAUAUGUGUAUAUUCUAUAGUCUAUCAAAAUUGCUUCCCCUCCUCUUCGUGAGGAUUGUGCUUUGUGUGGCUGCAUGCAAUAAUGCAGAAUAUGAAAUUGAUGGAGAGUGUUGCCCGAUGUGUGAUCCAGGAGAGCGAGUUCAUAAACAUUGUGAUAAGUACACAAGCACAACAUGUGAUUCAUGCCUCGUGAUGACUUACACUGAUGCUCCUAAUGGAUUUACAGAAUGUCUGCCCUGUUCUGUCUGUGAUACAAGUAAUGAUGGGCUGAGAGUAAAGCAGAUAUGUACAUUAAUAUCAGAUACAGUGUGUGAACCUCUGCCAGGUUAUUACUGUAUAGACUUGCUCUCCAACUGUAAAAGGGCCAUGAAACAUUCAUCCUGCUCACCUGGACAAUACAUCAACCAAACCGGAACAGAGUUCAGAGAUACAGUGUGUGAUUACUGUCCUGCUGGUUCAUAUUCAAAUGGUACAUUCUGCAAAUUGCAUACAAACUGUGCAUCUCUUGACAAAAUAACAAUCAAGGAAGGAACAGAUAAGACUGAUGCUGAGUGCAGUAACAGAGCACCUUCUUAUUUACUGCCACUGAUUCUGUGUGUGUGUGGAGUGUGUUCGCUGUCGCUUAUUGUCAUAAUUGUAAUUAUUGUAAAGAAAAAAAAUUAA